CCUCUUCUCUCCCAGCAGGGUUGUGCUUACAUUAGCUUUUAGAUCUCUCUUGAAGGGAGCUGCUAUGUUUUUGCCUGCGAGAGGUGGAAAUAACAGUUAAGCAUUUGGAAGAAGCUAGGUGAAUUUUCAGAAGGGGCCUUUUCCCCCCUGAGUGAGUGCAGGAAAAGUCCUUUUAACUGCCUGGCACUUGCUUCAGAUUGGCUGGACCUUAAGGAGAGUGCUCAAGAUGUUAGUGGUCUCAGCUGGUUGCUGAGGGAAAUAGAUGCCACGCCACCGGGCUGCAGAUCAAGACAGAAACCUGUGAAUCAGGAAAGGAGGUCAGGUGGGCAAGGAGCAUUGGUUAGUUACUUGAUCAGAUGCCACAGCAGCAGGAGAAGAUGACUCUGAGGAUGCCACUCUGAUUGAAGAUUAUCUCUUACACCCACAACCACAUCACCCAGUCUGGUUAUUUGAUGCGCUGUACAGGAAUGCCUACAUCAACCGACCAAGUUCUGGUCUUCUGCUCCAUCCAUGCAGAAAAAACUGUAAUGACAGUGGAAAAUUGGAAGUCUGAAUUUCAGCUUUCUUAGAACGAGCGGCCGCCUGACGCAUCUCUGUGAUAUUUAAAUAAGAGGAGGAAUAAGAUCACCAAGAUGUUGUGUGCAGAGAUGACAAUGUGGACAUGAAGAAUAGGUAAUUCACAGUUCAUCUUUCCCCCCCAGUUCCCCAGCCACGGGGAAAACAACCAGACUUCACAAGAGAUCAGGACAAGUAAGACAAGGGGGGGAAAGGAAUUUCUUUUUCUGGAAAAAAGGAAAGAAAAUAAUUACUGCAUCCUUGAUUAAAGGCAAAAUAUGGACCAAGCUGUGCUCAGAGUUGUGGUGAGCCUUCUCUGGAAUUAUUGGAUUUUAAUAAGUUCUGCGAAGGGAGGCAUAGGAGACAAUCAUGUCCAUUCUAGUUUUAUUUACCGGAGAUUGAGGAACCAUGAACGACGAGAGAUCCAGAGAGAAAUUCUUUCCAUAUUGGGCUUACCUCACAGACCCAGGCCUUUUUCACCUGGAAAACAAGCGUCUUCAGCACCACUCUUCAUGCUGGACCUCUACAAUGCUAUGACGAAUGAAGAAGAUACUGAAGAACUGGAAUAUUCACUGCAGGGAACCACACUGGGCGGAGAGAGCAAAGGGCUUCGGAAGCGACAUCCUGCAUCUCCAAACGGAUACUCUCGGAGGAUACACUUAUCGCGCACAACUCAGCUCACCACACGGAGCCCUCCUUUAGCUAGCCUGCAUGAUACCAACUUUCUGAAUGAUGCAGAUAUGGUCAUGAGCUUUGUCAAUUUAGUUGAAAAAGACAAAGAUUUUUCCCACCAACGGAGACAUUACAAAGAAUUCCGAUUUGACUUGACUCAAAUCCCCCAUGGAGAGGCAGUGACGGCAGCUGAAUUCCGGAUCUACAAGGAUCGAAGUUACAAUCGAUUUGAGAACGAAACCAUCAAAAUUAGCAUUUACCAGAUUAUCAAGGAGUACCCAAACAGGGAUGCUGACCUCUUCCUAUUAGACACAAGACAGACGCAAGCCUCUGAUGUUGGCUGGCUUGUGUUUGACAUCACUGUGACCAGCAAUCACUGGGUGAUUAAUCCACAGAAUAAUUUAGGAUUGCAGCUCUGUGCAGAGAUGGCAGAUGGUCGCAGUAUCAAUGUGAAAUCAGCUGGCCUUAUAGGAAGACAUGGCCCUCAGUCAAAGCAGCCAUUCAUGGUGGCAUUCUUCAAAGCAAGCGAAGUCCUUCUUCGAUCCGUUCGAGCUGCCAACAAUAAAAAGAAAAACCAGAACCGCAACAAAUCCAGCAGUCCUCAGGAUUCUUCAAGAAUAUCAAGUGUUGCAGAUUACAACACAAGUGAGCAGAAACAAGCCUGUAAAAAACAUGAACUCUAUGUGAGCUUCCGAGACCUUGGGUGGCAGGAUUGGAUCAUAGCUCCAGAAGGUUAUGCUGCAUUUUAUUGUGAUGGAGAGUGUUCAUUUCCUCUCAAUGCCCAUAUGAAUGCUACAAAUCAUGCAAUAGUUCAGACUCUGGUCCAUCUGAUGUUCCCAGAUCAUGUGCCCAAGCCUUGCUGCGCUCCAACAAAACUGAAUGCUAUCUCCGUGCUCUACUUUGAUGACAGUUCAAACGUUAUUUUGAAAAAAUAUAGGAAUAUGGUGGUACGGUCAUGUGGUUGCCACUAGCCCCGGUAUUUAAAUCAGAAGAGAUUCAAGACCAGCAUUUUAGCAGAGCUAUGCAAAAUGUCUUGUCAGAUAUGCCACUGUAUUUGUGAGCAGAGAACUUGGGA